AUUGUCAUCGUAGAUGACGAAGAGGCAAUCCGAAAAGCUAUGGGACAGCAUCUUUUCGAAAAGGGGUAUCAAGUUACGGCCUGCUCAGACGGUCCAAGUGCUUUGAAAGUGGUCCGAAGUCGACAACUCGAAACGUCUACAGAAAACUCUGUUCCAGAUGCUAUAGUCAGCGAUAUUCGCAUGCCCGGCAUGAGCGGCCUACAGCUGUUGAGAGAGAUUCGUGAAGAUGUACACAUCAUGGGAGUGCCAGUUAUACUGUUGACGGCCAAAGGUUUAACGCAAGAUCGUAUUGUAGGCUACGAUGCUGGCGCUGAUGCCUACAUUCCAAAACCAUUUGAUCCUGAGGAAUUGGUUACAAUACUGGACAACGUUAUUGAUCGCCAUCGGACAUUAAGCGAGGACAAGAUCAAAUACAUGUUGCUGGAAAAGGGUGGGGGUGGGGUUGGCAACGGAUUCGUCGAAGCAACUGAUGUCUUCUUGACUCCCGAUGAACGCGAAAUUCUGGAGCUCUUGUGUCAAGGCCUUAUAAAUAAGGAGAUUGGCGAGCGCACAUUUCUUUCCACUCGAAGAGUGGAGCAACUUUUGUCUGGAAUGUUCCGUAAGGCAAACGUCAAGAAUCGAACUGAACUCGUACGAUGGGCAAUUUCUACUGGUAAUGUACAACUGUAG